GUUGCAUUGUUUGGAAGUCAAUGUCAGUGACAUAUGAGAACAACGGCGUUAUGUUCAUAUUUCUCUGCCAUCGUAGUCCAAGUUUUCGGCUUCGUUACCGUCGUUCUCUGGAACUUUUGUAUCUCAAACCCGUGGCUCUGUGGCUGGCUGGAAUUUUAUUUGCUUAACGGAUCGACACAUACCGAGUCAGAAAUCAAAGAUGUUCGCCUCUCUUUUAGAAGCUGCCAAAAACUCACCUCUGCGCACUCCUUUCACUAAGGUGCAAUGCGACACACCAGCCAAGGGUUCCGGCCCAGUUGUUGGACGUCAAAUCCAAGCUGCCGCCACCCCCGAUAAUGGUGAUUCCUGCGAAUUUGGUUCAAUGAAAUACUUCGCUUUGUGCAGUAUUGGUGGUGUUCUGUCCUGUGGUACUACUCAUACCUUUGUUGUGCCCUUGGAUUUGGUUAAGUGCCGCUUGCAAGUCGAUCAAGCUAAGUACAAGAAUUUGUUCCAUGGAUUCAAGGUCACCGUAGCUGAAGAGGGUAUGCGUGGUUUGGCCAAGGGCUGGGCUCCUACUUUGUAUGGUUACUCCGCUCAGGGUCUCUGCAAAUUCGGCUUCUACGAAGUCUUCAAAGUAUACUAUGCCAACCUUUUGGGCGAAGAAAACGCCUACUUGUACCGUACCUGGUUGUACUUGGCUGCCUCGGCCUCUGCUGAAUUCUUUGCCGAUAUUGCUUUGGCUCCAUUCGAAGCUGCCAAGGUUAAGAUUCAAACCUCUCCUGGCUUUGCCUCUACUAUGCGUGCUGCCAUGCCCAGAAUCAUGAAGGAAGAAGGUAUUGCCGGUUUCUACAAGGGUUUGGUUCCAUUGUGGAUGAGACAAAUUCCAUACACCAUGAUGAAGUUCGCUUGCUUCGAAAAGACCGUUGAAUUGUUGUACAAACAUGUUGUGCCCAAGCCACGUUCCGAAUGCUCGAAGGGCGAACAAUUGGUUGUCACAUUCGCUGCUGGUUAUAUUGCUGGUGUCUUCUGCGCUAUUGUAUCCCAUCCAGCUGAUGUCGUUGUUUCCAAAUUGAAUCAAGCCAAGGGCUCCACCGCUCUUCAAGUCGCCAAAUCCUUGGGCUUCAUGGGUAUGUGGAACGGUUUGACUCCACGUAUCAUUAUGAUUGGUACAUUGACUGCCUUGCAAUGGUUCAUCUACGAUGGUGUCAAGGUAGCUUUGGCUUUGCCCCGUCCCCCUCCACCAGAGAUGCCCGCUUCCCUCAAGGCCAAACUUGAAGCCAAGUCCCAAUAAACAUCUGCAAAAGCAGCAGCAGUAGUUUAGGAGCAGUAAAUAAGAUAUUCAAUUCACCUUUCUAAUAAGCUCUUCUAUAUAAGUUAAAAAUCAUUUCGGACGCAUCAGAAACUCAAAGCGGAACAUAAAUUAUUCUACUCUAAAGCAAACAAUAGAACAAUUGAAAAUAGGUCACGGGAAAAACACGCGUAUUAACCGGCUGUUUACAAUCGGGGUUCUGUGAUCUAUUAAGUAACGCCAGUCUUCGUAGUAAUCAGGGGCAUUAGUAUCUAUGUUAGUACGAAUUAUACCACUUUUCUUCGAAGAAUGAGCAGUUAGUGGCAUUUAUAAAUUGUAUCAAACGAUUCAUUCCAUAUUCUGAAAGCAUUUUCUUUUGACAUUUCCUUAUUUUAAUAAACGUUAAUGGUUACCUGUUAAAAGAGAAAAACACAGCUUAAAAAUUUUAUGAAUUAUCCACACUAACUGUUGACCCACAUUUAAUAGCAUAACGUCACCUAUAUCCCCUAAUGUUACUUCAAUUUAAUGUUCAUUGUAGAUUUAUUUUGUUGAUAUUAGUUUGUAUCUUAAUUGUAAUUGUUUAUUUAAAUGUUCAUACACAACCAAUAUCAAAUCAAAACUACCACAAUCCCCAUGAAAACAAACAACCAAACGAAAGAAUUAAAUAAAGAAUUCAGCAAGCCGGUAAAAUUAUAAAGUUAAA